GGCGGCGGCCUGCACAGGGAGGUCACCGGGCGGGCGGCGCCCAGUCCAUGCCCCGUGCAGCUCCUUGACGCAGGCCUGCUUUGGGAAGGAAACACGUCAGGACUUUGCAGAAGGGCCAUUUUAAAGUUGUUGUUGUUUUUUCCCCCCGAGUAAAUAUUCAGAACAUUUGUUAAAAGCCCUCGAGACUUGGCUCACCUUCGCUGGAAGGUUGGAGCCCACAGGCAGCUGCAGCUGGGCUUGCUCUGAGGGACGUUGGGUCUCAGGAUGGCCCCUGUGAAGAAGUGCAUCUGCGACCUGUGCUCCUGCGGGCGGCAUCACUGUCCACAUCUCCCUACCAAGAUUUACGAUAAAACAGAGAGACCAUGUCUUCUCUCCGAAUACACCGAGAACUACCCUGUCUAUUGCUCUUACUUGCCCAGAGAGUCCUUCAAGCCCAAAAUGGAGUACCAGAAAGGGUCCAUACCAAUGGAAGGCCUGACCACAUCAAGCCAGCUCCCUAAAGAUGGACAAAACAAACAGCCUCAGAAGAAACAGGCCUGCGAGUCUUCAAUGAUGUUAGACCUUUAG